GUCGCAACUCAUCAGUUAGACAGCAGAGCAGAUUGUAGCUAGCAGCGGCUGCAACUUCUGAGCUCUGAGGAGGAGGUUAGCAGAAAGGUCCUCGACCACUGCCUAGUUAGCUCCCAUGGCCAGCUACUUCGCCGCGCAGCUCAAGGACAUGUUUUUCGUGCUCGUCGAGCGCGUCACGGGCUAUGGCUGGACCGAAGCUCAGGAUGGUUCGUCAGGUGCACAAGAGCCCACCAAGUUGACAUCUGAAGAGGUCUCUCCAGCUGAAGAAGAGGUGACCGUGGUACAGAACAUUCAGAUCAGAGCAAGAAGCAGCGCGGAUCCCGUUGUGUCAAGUGGCACAAAACCUCAGGUUAACUAGCAUUAUGAAGGGACUAUAUAGAGCUUGGCUGCAGUCUCUACAUUGUUCCAUGGACUCGAGAAGAUGCCUGCUGGUGUUUUAAAUUUUUCAAGCAAGGAUGCGUAUAUGCGUAUCCCAGUCCUGUUGCGUCAUGCAUUCUGAUCAGAGGGUGUUCAGUCGAGUCCUAUCACUUCGUUUGUAAUAAUCCCUGUCAUGUAUGUUUGGGUCGGCUCAUGGUCGAGCUUGGUACGUAUUAGGUUGUCUGAGUCAUGUUUGUUGAUCAAACUUGUAGUGUUCCUUCAUAAACCAUGCAUUAUAUUAAUAUGUUCGAUCUUUUUCUUCAGCUUAA